ACCCAAACUUGGUCUACAACUUCCCAACCCCGUCGCCACCCACCCAUUGUAGCCUGGAGGAAAAGAGAAAUAGAGAAGAGAUGAGGCCCUCUCGAUUCUGAAUCCAAAUUUUACAAUGGAGGUAUUCACCGCUGCCUAUGAAUUUUUUCUGACGCCUGAAGAAGAACCCUUCUAAAUACGGGGUAAGUAAUUGGGCCACUGCUUCUGCUCUAAAGGUUGUCUGAAUCAGUUCGAAUCCUUUCUCACCGAUCGCGAUAACCUGCUACUUCCUUAGUUUCGGUGUCGAUCUCAUCGUUUCAGCGUAUCUAGUGGACAAGCAUGGUUGGCGGCGGCCAUGUAUCGUUGGAAGGAUUGGAGGAUCAAGAGCUUCAAGAAGAUUGUAAAGCUGAAAAGGACUACAAUAAAGAAAGAUUGAAUUCAGCUUUGCUUCAAGAUCAAAGUUAUGAUUGUGAUGCUAUCAUAUUGCAAAUGGAAAAGGUUCUCAGUCGAUUCCAGAUCCAGGACAUCAGCCACUGUUCUUUUGCGGAAAUAAACUCGACGUAUUGGACUCCUAUGCUUGAUUCAUUUAAAAGGAUAGUGCUCAUUUUAUUUGAUGAAGCCAAGAGAGAACGCAAUUUAGUCAGAAGUGAAGUCAUUAAAGUUACAACACAAUGUUUAAAUACUCUAAGGUUAUUUUUCGGUCUAUAUCAGUCAACUGAUUUGCUGUUGGAAAUUGAGAAACUUCUGAAGUUGGUUCUUCAAGUGGUUGAGCAUUUUCAAGUGGCAGCAAGUCACUCAUCUUCAUCUUAUUUAAGCAAGAACCCUACUGUACCUGUUGGUGUAUGGGAAUUACUAACAGUUGCAUUCGGAUUGAUUGGUGAAAUUUACUUGAAAGUGGGUUCAUCCUUGUCACUCAAGAUGUGGCAGUCGACUAUUAAGGUCCUCAGGGAAGUCAUGGACACCUGUGCAUCCAGAAGCUCAUUAUUGGAGGAUAAUAGUAUUGCCAUGUUUUAUGCUGAGUUUCUUCAUUGUCUGCACUGUGUUCUAGCUGAGCCCCGAGGAUAUCUGGCAGAGCAUGUUACUGCCUUUGUAGCAUCAUUGAAGAAAUUUUUCCGUUAUGGUCUUGUAAAUGAUUCCCGUAUUAAAAUUCAAGCAAUCAAUAUGAAUGAAGUUGUUCCGAUGAGCCAAAAGCCAACCUUUGAAUCAUCAGAAAAGCUAAGACGUGGCCCUUAUAGGCCUCCACAUUUACGAAGAAAAAUGGUUGGAAGUGAACAUCAAGAAGAUGAGAAGGGCAUGGGUUCACCCAAACAGGAAUUUUUAACAUCUGAUUCAGAGUGUAGCGAUAAUGAUGGAUCAUUGUCAGAUAAUUGCGCUGCACCAUUUGCAGAGACUAGGUUAGCUGCAAUUCUCUGUAUCCAGGAUCUUUGCAAAGCUGAUCCCAAAUUGUUUACAUCCCAAUGGACAAUGCUCUUGCCAUCCACUGAUGUCCUACAACACAAGAAAUAUGAGACUACUCUGAUGAGUUGCCUACUUUAUGAUCCUUAUUUGAAGGUGCGGAUUGCUGCUGGUUCUGCCAUUGUGGUAAUGUUGGAUGGGCCUGCAUCUGUUUCUCUUCAGGUAGCAGAAUUUAGGGACAACCACAAGUGCGGUUCUUUCACAACAUUUUCUAGUUCUCUCGGGAAUAUCUUAAUGCAACUGCAUUCAGGUACUUUAUACUUAAUCAAACGAGAAACAAACAGGAGAUUGCUGGCAUUGACGUUCAAAAUUCUGGUGCUUUUGAUGUCAUCUACACCGUAUUCAAGAAUGUCGUCAGAGCUACUCUCAAUGGUUAUCUCGUCAAUUCAUGCAAGAAUUGAAAAUGGAUUUUCAUUUCAAAGUGAUCGAAAUAAUUUGCUGGCACCAGCAAUCAAUUGCUUAACUGUAGCUCUUUCUGUGUCUCCGCCAUCAACACGUGUCAACAAAAUGCUUCUGGAUGAAUUAUCUACAGGAUCUAUUCAAAGUCACCCGCAAGCUGGUGUAUUAUAUACCUUGUUUCAGUGUUCGGAACAUUUACACAGUCCAUCAAUAAGCUUAGAAGCCUUUCAGGCUCUCAAAGAAUUGGCACACAAUUAUCCAAAUGUAAUUGCGUUGUGUUGGAAGCAAGUUUCUUCUCUUGUAUAUGGCGUAUUUAGCUCAUUUCCGGAUACUCAUGUGAAAUUUUGGAGAGGUAAACCUGAACAGAGUGUCACACAAAUUCAGGAGAGAGUCAUGACAGCAGCUAUUAAGGUUCUGGAUGAAUGCCUUCGGGCAAUUUCUGGUUUUAAAGGAACAGAAGACCUUUCAAAUAAUGAGUUCCUUGACAGCCCAUUUACUGCUGAUCAUGUGAAAAUGAAGACAAUCUCAUCAGCUCCAUCAUUUGAGAGCCUUUCUUCAACUGAUUGUGAAUCUAAAAAGUGUCGCUUGGAAAGUGAGCCGUGGUUUGAAGCCACAGUAAAGCAUAUGCCAAUCAUAAUUAAGCAUUCUUCAGCCAUGGUGAGGGCUGCAGCGAUGACCUGUUUUGCUGGAAUGACUUCCUCUGUUUUCUUUUCCCUGCCCGAAGACAAACAGGACUUUAUUAUAAGUUCGUUAAGUGAUGCUGCUCUUAAUGAUGAAGUUUCUCAAGUGAGGUCUGCUGCCUGUCGAGCCAUUGGUGUUAUUGCAUGUUUCCCACAGAUAUACCGUAGCAUAGAAGUCAUGGAGAAUUUUAUCCAUGCUAUCAAGCACAAUGCUUUUGAUUCAGUAGUUUCAGUUCGGAUCACAGCUUCAUGGGCCUUAGCAAAUGUAUGUAGCUCCAUUGGCCAUUACAUGGAGGCACUCAAUGCUGGAAGUUCAAUUGAGUCAGGCAAAAGCCCUCAAUUUAUAUCGUCGCUAUUUGACUGUGCUCUUCGGCUUGCUAGGGAUAAUGACAAGGUCAAGGCUAAUGCUGUUAGAGCUCUUGGAAACCUUUCAAGAGUUAUUCAAUUCACAAAGCAACCACUUCACCAUGGCGAUCCAGUGGAUUUUCAGCAAACACAAAAUGGGGCAACAGUAUUCAAGAAUGAUGUAAGGCAGAGUUCAGAUUCAUUGCUAAUGACAUCUCCUACGAGUUUUUAUUGGCUUGAGCAGAUGGUUCAGGCAUUUCUGUCUUGUGUGACAACUGGAAAUGUGAAGGUUCAGUGGAAUGUAUGCCAUGCGCUAAGCAAUUUAUUUAUCAACAAAACAUUAAAACUGCAUGACAUGGAUUGGGCUCCUUCUCUUUUUAGCAUCCUGUUGCUACUCCUUCGAGAUUCUGCAAAUUUUAAGAUCAGAAUACAAGCUGCUGCUGCUUUGGCUGUUCUGGAAACCAUAGAUGAUUAUGGUAAAUCUUAUUAUGACAUUGUUAAGACUGUGGUGCAUGUAACGGAGAACUUCAAAUCCGAUCGGAUUUCAGAGCCUUCAAACUUCAAAUAUUUAAUGGCGCUUGAAAAACAGUUGACUUCAACUGUGCUGCAUCUGCUUGGUCUUGCUUCACAAUGUGACCACCGAGACACACACAACUUCCUGAUCAAGAAAGCACAGUUUCUCGAGGCCUGGAUUGAAGAUGUAUGCUCAUCUAUUGGGGAAACAAGUUAUGAGGGGAAAGAUGUUGCGUCCGUGUCUACUCGCCAAAAAAGAGAUAUUAUUUUGAAAACAGUCCGCUCGCUUAUUUUGGUGUUUCAAAGCAAUGAUCAUCGUGCACUGGCUCAACGGUUUCACAGGUUGCAGUCUUUGGCUGGAAACCUGUAGUAAUAUAGUUCAGGUUUGAUCUUCUCCAUCUGUUAUUUUAUGGGCUUCCCUAACUUAUGUGGUAUAAUAUUUUUCUAUGCAUUACCAUAUUGAGGUCUUUAUUGGUACCACCAUUGGUUGUAUAUGACUAUCGUUGUCAACUAUGAAAUGGGGUUUUUAUAGAUUACUUUGUCUUAAACAUGUCAAGAUUAUAGAGGGUGUGUUUGUAUAGUAAAAUAUUUUUGCUCCAAGAAAGUACUAUCUAUACUCUAA